CGCGGCUCGCGGCUCGGUCCGGGGCGGAGCUGAGUGGGCCCGGAGCCAGACGGAGAGGCCCCGGAGAGGCGAGAGAGGCCCCUACCCAGCAGUGAAGGGUGGCAGAGCUGCGGAUGUUUCAGGAGGCGCUCAUUCCGAACCUGGCAGCGAAGAUGAGGAAACUGAGGCCCAGCGAGGUGAUCUUACAUCACUUUCCCAAGAUCACACAGCUGAGCAGUGUCAGAGGCAGAAUUCAAACCCAGGAUUCCCUCCUUCCACUCCAGGUCUCUGUACUCCACACCUGUCUUGUGUAACACCUUUGAAGAAAUGAGUAAUGUGGAGAGUACAGAUUUAGGAUUCAGAAGGACUUGAGUUAGAUGAGAAAAAUUGAGCCUCAAGGAUGUAAAUUCACUGUUCAAGGCCACAUCGGCAAGGCGUCAUGGUUGGGGGCUUGAAGAGGAAACACUCGGAUGUGGAGGAGGAGGAAGAUGAGAAAUGGGACUGGAGUCCCGCCGGCCUGCGGAGCUACCAGCAAGCCCUGCUGCGAAUCUCCCUAGACAAAGUCCAGCGCAGCCUGGGCCCCCGUGCCCCCAGCUUGCGCCGGCAUGUCCUGAUCCACAACACGCUGCAGCAGCUGCAGGCCGCGCUCUGCCUGGCGCCCACCCCAGCCCUGCCCCCGGAGCCCCUUUUCCUGGGUGAGGAGGACUUUUCCCUGUCCUCCACCAUCGGCUCUAUUCUCAGGGAGCUGGACACCACCAUGGACGAGAGCGAGCCCCCGCAGAAUCCAGUGGCGCCCCCAGCACCCCAAAACGAAGUGCCACAACACCAGCCCGAUCCGGUCUUUUUGGAAGCGCUGAGUUCCCGGUACCUGGAGGACUCUAGCUUGGACGAUUUUUUUCUGGACAUUGACACAUCCACGGUGGAGAAGGAGCCCGCGCUGGCCCCGCCCGAGCCUCCGCACAACCUCUUCUGUACCCCAGGCUCCUGGGAGUGGAACGAACUUGAUCACAUCAUGGAAAUUAUUCUGGGAUCCUAAAACUUGGAAGGGGGCGUGGGGGGGAUGGUUCCUUCCUCAUCUCAGGUGGGCUGGAGCCCAGGAGGCAAAUCUGUAUGUGUGUGUUGGGGGAGGGGGGCCCUCUCCUCCCACUGCAGGGUUCCACAGACCAUCUUGCAUGUGUGUGUGUCUGGUUACCGCCACCUUCUGUGAAGGUGGUGUUUUUGUUUUGUUCUUGUUUUUUUUCCCUGAAUUAAUUUAUCUACUCCAAAUGCCUUAAUGAGACUGUCUCUGGGAAUCUGAUUUCCCACUUCACAUUUCUUCUGCCUUGUCCUCCCAGUUCCUUCUCCCCUGGUGACCACUGGGGCCCUCAGGGAAGAUAAAACUGGGCCUGUGAAGGACGCCCAGCAGGGGCUGUCUGUUGCUAUGGAAACCAGGCCCUGCCUCUCUGCAUCUCCCAGAAGUGGAAAGGGGCUGGCACCCUCCCCCCUGCCCAGGCUGAAUCCUACCUCCUUGGCAGGACCCAGUCCCAGCAGCCUCCUGAUUGAUAACCAGGCCGGACCACGUGCAAUAGGAUGGAAACCAAACUGCUCCAUGCCGCACUAUUUAAAGAAAGGCGGGUUUUGUGGUGGCUUUUUUUUUUCCUUUGAUUGUUUGUAUUUUUUUUUUUUAAUAAAAGUAUU